ACUUUGUCUUCCUACAAUCAUUCGAAAACAGAAGUCAGCAUGGAUUGAUCUCAAAGUCAGUGCGAGAACAUUAUCGGACAAGACGCUCUCACAUGGGGAGAAGCUGAUUUUCGUGCUUGUUAUUCGCAAUUGAUUAAUUAGCGCCCACAAUAGCGAAUCCCAUCUUCAAGUCUGAGGUGACGACAUGAAAACUGGCAGCAACAAGAAUCCCAGUCGAAGCCACACUUUUGGAGGUUGCAAAACAUGCCGAUCACGUCACGUGAAGUGUGACAAGGUUCGACCUGCAUGUCUUACUUGCAGGGCUGUGGGCAUUGUUUGCGAAGGCUUCAGCCAAGAGUUGAGAUGGGUUGAGAACCGGAGCAGUCAUGGUGGCAAUGGGGCCAAGACAGACUCUACUGAGCAUCCCGUGAGGCAGCAUUUAUAUACAGAAGCAAGUCGCAAGUUAAUGAGCAAAGCUUUACUUGCUGAUAUGGCUGAAAAGCCUGUUGACGCAUUUCUCUCAGAUCUAGACGCAAGAUACCGAGAUGAACCCCCAGAAGCUGUUAAUGGGGUCUCGAUAGGCCCUUUUGGGGUGUUCAAUCUCGUCCCACCACCUAAUGGGGGCCUGCCUCUCAACGACUCACCCCUAUCGGUGACUGAGCUGCAAGCCAUGGAGGUCUUCCAAAGUGAGGAUGCCAUGCCAUCUGUCGAAUCUGUUGGUAGUCUGGCCGAUUUUCACGGCUUUUUGGACUGGCCCGACCUCUUCGACCUUGAUUUCACAAGCUAUGAUAUACCUCAGCCUACAUCUGACAACGAUUUUCAAGACACUUUCCCUGGCUACGUUCCUACGGUAUCGCACGUCGCCCAAACUGAUAAUGUUGAGGCCGAAGGUGACUACGGCCAUAAUAGUAUUAAGACCGACUCGUUGAAUUUCAUGCAGAACAAUGGAAGAGUGAGCCACGCCGGGAUUGAUCCCGCAAAGGCGGAACUGGCUCUCGCUCACUUCAAGAAUCACUUUAUCUUUCAUUUGCGUAUCAUGCCCAUCGAGAAGAGAUCGCCGUGGGAAGUCAACAACUUGAAUUCUGCCAUCAUGACCUUGGCUAGAAUCACAUAUAUGACUUCACAGCCGGUGUCCCAUGGCGCCCUAGCCAACUUGCAGGCUGUAUUGGCUCUUUCGGCACACCAUCUAGGCACUCAGAACGUGAGUCAUGGUACAGUAUCUGCAGAAGACUGGCAAAGCUUCUCGGCCAGGAUGAGUGAGCGGGCGAUGGAAAACUUGCAGUCAUCUUUACGGAACGAAACCAGAGGCCCCGAUGCCGCCAAAUAUAAAGACCAACUUAUGGCAAUCCUCGCCAUGCUGACCUAUGCCACCCUGCACGACAGGCAACAAGAGGCUCGUGCAUAUAUGAUCGACGCUGAGCGGCUCCUUAGAAUUCGUGGAUUGGCCAAACGAACCAUUUCACGCAAGGCGAGGGAGUUGCACCAUGUCUACACGUGGAUCAGGAUAAUGGAAGAGAGCACUUUCGUCCUUCAUAACUACGAAAUAACAGGGACGAAAGUGGCUGCUGGAUCUACGAAGCAGCCAGCCAGAGAAUUUCGGAACGAUGGAACCCUAGGUACCCGACCGCUCGGCAUGUAUAAUACAGGGCCAAAUCCGCGCUUGGAUGACUUUCUCCGGCUCAACACACCACCCUCAGACAGCGAGACUGAUGCUAUAGCCACCAAGGAUGUUGAAACUGGACAGCACGAUAUCCACCUUGAGGACAGUCGGGAAUUUCCCCCAAGCAUGUAUACCGAGCUGUACGGAAUUUCUGAGACUUGGCUUAGUCUUGUGUCUCAAACCACUCGAUUAGCAAACGUCAUUGAUAGGCUAGGGGUGGACAACGAACGAGACAAUCUCCAAGCUAUGGAGCUCCUUGAGAGGCGAAAACAGCGACUGGAGAAUAUGGUAUGCUCGUAUACGGCAAUAGACCGUUAUGAUGCUACCGGCCAAGCACAGUCUGAAAUAUCGAGGCCAAGCACGGAAAUCGCGCGCGAUUCCAUAGUACGGGCGCUAAAUUCUGCUUUGGUGAUAUUCUUUUAUCGAAGGAUCAGGAGGCUCAACCCUUGGAUUUUGCAAGAGCAUGUGAGAAACGUUGUUCAGGCUUUGAAAGACUAUGAUACAUCGUGUCGUGAUGCUAAUAUUUGGGGAACCGGGUCUCCAUGGCCUGCUUUCAUGGCAGGGUGCGAAGCGUUGCACCCUUCACACAGAGAGUACUUGAGCAAUUGGUUUGAUAAGGCUUUUGAUAUAACAGGCUUUGAGAGGUUGAAAGCAGCGAAAGCGUGCAUGGAGGACAUAUGGAGACGUCGCUGUCAACCGACACCGGGGGUGGCCCGGAAAGACCGUCAUCAACUCUGGACAUGGGAACACGCUUCGAGAGAACAGAACAUGCAUUUUCUGCUGUCAUAA